UGAGUAGCAAAGUUGCAGUGGGAAAGGUAGAUGUUGGCCGGGAAACGGGUUUCCCGUGAACUGGGAAAUUUCGAAGCUGUUCGAAGUUGGGAGCAUGCGCUGUUGGAAGGGCGACGGGCGCUUCUCGUUGUGUGGAUGCCGGUCGACGUCAGUCAGCGUCGUGACGUUGGGGCAUCGUUCAACGGAGACGGGCCUGUGCAUGUGAUUCUCGCUCAUCCUCAUCUGGCUCUCUACAAACCGGGAUAUGGCUCUCAUUGCAGAAUUCUUAUUGGUGAUAUCAGUUUUGGCGAGUGUUCACGGGAGACUAGGCUAUUUUUGGCAUAUAACUGAUCUUCACUGGGAUGUACAUUAUGGAACUGAAAGUCACAGUUGUUGGCGAGGAGGCGGGGGUGGCCGGGGAGGCUCUCAACAGCUGUUUGGCGACCACAACUGCGACAGCCCCUGGAGUCUCAUCCAGUCCGCAGUGCGUAUGAUGCGCGACAAGCACGGCGAAAACAUCGAAUUUGUUCUCUGGACUGGGGACUCGCUAUCAACAAAAAAUGGCCGCCCUCCUUUACACAGUAUGAGUGCCCUCCACAAUCUAACAACCCUGUUGAGAAAUACAUUCAGCAGCCAGUUUGUGUUCCCAGUGUUGGGUCAUGACGAUCCCACAAAGCCAUACAAAUUCCUGUCAAACCUAUGGAGGCAAUGGUUGCCUAACGAAGCUUUAUCCACUUUCAAUAAAGGUGGUUACUACACAAUAGAACAAAAAGUAAAGAAGUUGCGUUUAGUACUACUCAACACUAAUUUGUGGGCUGCAAGUCAAAAUAACGAUGAAGACCCAGGAAAGCAAUGGGUAUGGCUGGAGGAAGUCCUUCAAAAGUCACAGCGAAACAAGGAAACGGUUUACUUGGUGGGCCACGUUGCUCCAGGAGCUGAUGAGAGACAAGCGACACCUGCAAGGAUGUCGAUUCUGCCACGACACAACGCCAGGUACCUGGACCUGGUGCGGCGAUACGCCAGCAUCAUAACCGGACAAUUUUUCGGCCAUCUCCAUUCUGACUCUUUUCGAGUUAUCUAUAAUGACGAUGGUAAACCAGUUUCAUGGAUAUUUCUUGCACCUUCAGUAACACCUCGGAGAACACAGAGUGGUUCUAACAAUCCAGCUCUCAGGCUCUAUAAGUUUGAUACUGAUACAGGUCAGGUGAGUAGAGUUCUAAUCCACUUUAUGAAAACAACACUGCAGUUUAUGGUUAUUCCUGCACUGAUAACUGAACAGCACAAAAUACCAAUUUUUCUCACUGGUAGGAAAAGGUAGCCUAUAACGAACUAUGUUAUUC